CCCCGGCGCGACACAGAGCAGGCAUUCAUAGAAGGGCAGCGCGAGCGAGGGGGCUAGGGAGUGAGCGCGAGCGUCACUUUGGAAACUCGGGAACACACGGACUCUCGUGCUAAACGGGCGACCUCAUUUUUCAUUACUGAAUAUUUAGAUAAAGGACUACAAUUUCAAAGACUGCAAGGGAGAGGACACUGUUCUACUGGAGCAAGAGGUGGGAAUCAACAGGUAAACUGGGAUCCACAAUACGCGCUCAGCGUAAGAUACCAGCAACACGGAUGGAAAGAACUUUGAUGAGGAAUCCUAACAGAAUUUUAGAACGUAGACUGAGAGUUGAGACUGACUGGGAGUUUAUAUAAAGGAGACCUCGAGUGACAGAAGCAAUCCUUUCGUUUUAAACAGGCAUAGUUUAUAUUCCUGAGAAAGGGUGAACUUCUUCAUUAGUUCAGACAUAGGGAUAGGCCUAGGAUUAGUAGUUGAACACCCAUAGGCCAAGAAACUAUACCUUGUGCACGUUCUGUUACUCACCUGAGGGAGGAAGCUUUCUUGGAAGAGGGGAAAGAUGUCGGGAGAGGAGCAGAGUUUAUCUGAGUUAGAAAUGAGUCCGGGGGUCUCGGACGACGGUCACUCCUUGUCACCAGGUCACUCCUCCAGUGCAGCAGGCGGAGGAGACUCCCCCCUGUCCGGUCCGCAGCCCCAGCUGACAGGGGUCAGCGACGACGCCCUAUCCGAUGUAGCUGGCGGGAUUUCCAUCAAGUCCGAUGAAGACGAUGAUCGCUUUCCCAUUGGUAUCCGCGAAGCAGUGAGCCAGGUGCUGAACGGCUACGACUGGACUCUCGUGCCAAUGCCUGUGCGUGUAAACUCCAGCAGCAAAAGCAAGCCGCACGUGAAAAGGCCUAUGAACGCCUUCAUGGUGUGGGCACAGGCCGCACGGAGAAAACUGGCAGACCAGUAUCCCCACCUCCACAACGCGGAGCUCAGCAAAACCCUCGGGAAACUAUGGAGACUCUUGAAUGAGAGUGAUAAGAAGCCUUUCAUCGAGGAGGCCGAGAGGCUGAGGAAGCAGCACAAGAAGGACUACCCGGAGUACAAGUACCAGCCACGCCGCCGAAAGAAUGGCAAACCCGGCUCCGGCUCUGAAGCUGACGGCCACUCUGAGGGUGAGGUCAGCCACAGUCAAUCGCACUACAAGAGCCUCCACCUGGACGUGGCUGCCCACGUCGGGGGGGCGGGGUCUCCUCUGGCUGAUGGACACCACCCACAUACUGCAGGCCAGAGCCACAGCCCUCCUACACCACCCACCACCCCCAAGACGGAGCUCCAGUCUGGGAAGUCGGGCGAUGGGAAGCGGGAGGGCGGUGGAGCAGGGAGCUCCCGUGGGGGAAUGGGGGUAGGAGCGGAGGGUGGCUCUGGAUCAGGGUCAGGCAAACCACACAUUGAUUUCGGAAACGUGGACAUCGGUGAGAUCAGCCACGAGGUGAUGGCCAACAUGGAGCCCUUUGAUGUGAACGAGUUUGACCAGUACCUGCCACCCAAUGGGCACCCGGGGAUCGGACAGAGUGCUGGGUCAGCGGCAGCAGCAGGGUCCUCUGCAUCUCCCUAUGCCUACGGUAUCUCCUCUGCCCUGGCCGUGGCCAGUGGACACUCUGCAGCGUGGCUAUCCAAGCAGCACCAGCAGCAUCAUGCCUCACCUCUGGGCUCCGACCCUUCCAAGGCCCAGAUUAAGAGUGAGGCCGGCUCGGGGGGACACUUUGCUGAAGCAUCCUCAGGGGGUUCCCAUGUCACCUACACUCCCAUCAGCCUGCCCCACUACAGCUCUGCUUUCCCCUCGCUGGCCUCCAGGGCCCAGUUUGCAGAGUAUGCUGACCACCAGGCCUCGGGAUCCUACUACGCUCACUCCAGCCAGGCCUCAGGGCUGUACUCUGCCUUCUCCUACAUGGGGCCCACGCAGAGGCCCCUGUACACAGCCAUUACUGACCCGUCCAGCAUGCCACAGUCACACAGCCCCACGCACUGGGAGCAGCCGGUCUACACCACCCUGUCGCGGCCCUGACAAAGACCGGGAGCAGAGGGCUCUGGUGCAGAUUUGGCCCCAACGGCAGACCCACAGAGCGGAGGAGACCUGGGUUGGAGGCAGUGGGGAGAUGGAAUCCCCUUCUGGUCUGGCCCAGAUGCAGGAAGGCCUGUAGGGUCCAAGGAGGAAUGGAAAUCAGAUGAUUUUAUGGGGUAACGUGUGGUGUAUAACUUCAAUGUUGAGUACUCGGAGGGUUGGAUAAGAGAAUAAAUCAAAUCCGUAUUCAAAUCUAGAGGCUUAUCGUUGAAAUGGUUUUAUGAUGUAAAGAUGUCAACAGUACAGAGUGCCAGUGCUAGCCCAUCCAUCUACAUCUCAGGCAUGUUUAAAACAGAUGAAUUACAUGAUGUAACACAAUAUCCAAUAUAUAAUCAAUGACAUAUUCUGUGAUUGGCCUAGAGGCAUAUUUCCUACAAUUUCUUGCAUCGACUGAACCGCAUACGUAAAAUGUAUGCUCACAUGACUGUAAGUCUCUUUGGAUACAUUUGUCUGCUAAAUGACAUACAGAAUGCGCGUAUAAGUUGCCUAUGUUGUAAUUGGAAUAUACUGUAAAUCUAUAACAAAGGGCAUACAGUCCAGAAAAUCUGUUUCUACAAAUGUUUUAUAAAUUAAAAUGACCAAAGUUUUGAAACCAAAACUUUAAUGAAAGAGAAAAAUAUGAUUUAAGUUGUUUCUCUCUGUAUGACACUGUAUUACAGUACUACAUUGAUGUUGAAUCAAGUACAACACAUUUUUUUCUGACCUGAUUACAGCUCUUUGGUGACAUACCCUCAACACUAUAUUGAUUUAUCAACCUCAAUAUUUUUUUUCCAUGGCACUGACUAUUAUGUUGAUUCAGCAUUGUCUCUUU